AUGCUCGCCCGAGUGGCCGAGUCCUGUCGGCUACUACAACCAUCAGCAACUCUCGCGGCGACAACUUCUAGCAGAUCCAUCGCACGAAUUCCGGUCUGGGAACGACAUAUCAGAUUUGAUCCAGCGGAAGGCCGAAAAAGACCGUCGCAGGAUGUACUGGAUCGUUUUAAGAGGCUGAACAACGGGAUGUGGAUUCGAGCGGUUCCCGGAUGGCACAAACAGCGCUACUUCAAGGAUGACAAGUGGCAGGAAACGUCUGUAUACUAUGAAACGUGCACAAAAGACGAGUGCCAAAUGCUCGAUAGGAUGAUGACACCAUUUUGGCUACGCAGAAAACAUUACCCGGAUGAUCCCUACAAGGCCUAUCACGUGCGGCACGACGUCAAAUCGCCGCGGGUCGAUGAUAAAGGCAAAUUUCUGCGGGAACGGCCGAAAGUGCUACUCGAAGACAGUGUCGCCGAUGUUUAUUUCCGUGAUCGA